GCCUCCUCCUUCCUGGAAACUCUUCAGGCAGGCGGGGCUAUUGGCUGCCUUGCAGAGGCCGAGCCUCCUCCCGUUUAGGGCUGCAUCCCUCACUCUUCCUUUCCUUCCUCCCUUCCCUCUCUCCGGUCCGUCUCUCUCUUUCGACUCCCGCCUCCUUCUUUGCGCGCAGGAGCCGCGUCUCCGGGAGCCACCCCUGUCUUUCCGAAGCUAAUCUCUGUGGCCUGCAAGGGCGGAGAAAGCCAGGCAGCCAAGAUGCCCCACGGUAAGCAGACAAGAGUGCUUCUUCUCAACGACAUGGAAAAGCUGGACAAGACCCUCUUCCGGCUGGAGCAAGGUUUUGAACUUCAGUUCCGACUGGGGCCUACCUUGCAAGGCAAACACGUUACGGUGCAUACCAACUACCCAGCUUCUGGAGAAGGGUUCAGCCGCCACAAGUUCAGGUGCCUGUCGUGGCACAACCCAACUGGGAAAGAAGACGAUUCUGACAAAUACUGCAAACUAGAUCUCCAGAUCUCUGGGUCGUACCAGUAUUAUUUUAGUCAUGAAGAUAAGAAAAGCGGUGGAGGUUACAUAGUUGUGGAUCCUAUUUUGCGUGUUGGUGCUGACAAUCAUGAAUUGCCCUUGGAUUGUGUUACACUCCAGACAUUCCUGGCUAAGUGUCUGGGACCAUUUGAUGGAUGGGAAGAUCGCCUUAGAGUCGCAAAAGAAUCUGGUUACAACAUGGUUCACUUGACACCAGUCCAGAAACUCGGUUUAUCAAGAUCAUGUUAUUCAUUAGCUGAUCAGCUGGAAAUAAAUCCUGAUUUUUCAACCCCUAACAAAAAGUGUUCUUGGAGUGAGCUUGGGAAACUAGUGGAAAAAAUGAAAAAUGAAUGGAAUAUGCUUUGUAUUACCGAUGUAGUCUACAAUCACACUGCUUCAAAUAGCGAAUGGAUAACUCAGCAUCCAGAAUGUGCAUACAAUCUUGUUAAUUCUCCUCACUUGAAACCAGCCUGGCUUUUGGACCGAGCCCUGUGGCAUUUAACCUGUAAAGUGGCUGGUGGGAAAUGCAGUGAUAAAGGAGUUCCUCCGCUGCUUGAGAACGAGCACCACUUGAAUAAUGUCCGUAAAAUCAUUUGGGAGGAUAUUUACCCGAAGCUAAGAUUAUGGGAAUUUUUCCAAGUAGAUGUUAACAAAGCAGUCCAGCAAUUUAAAACUCUGUUGACUCAAGGUGGUUCUAAAGUUAAAACUGACCCCAAUCAACAUCUUGCAAUUGUUCAGGAUCCUGAAUUCAAGAGACUCGGCUGUACCGUAGAUAUGAACAUUGCAUUGAACACCUUCAUACCGCAUAGCAAUGGGCCUGCUGCAAUAGAGGAAUGCUGUAACUGGUUCCGCAAGAGAGUUGAAGAACUAAACGGUGAAAUGUACAGGCAGACAAACUACCAUCAAGAGCAGGCGGCCAAUUGCAUUGUGGCGACCGUGAACUAUGAACGACUGGCUGGGAAUGGUCCUAAGUUAGGUCCGGUAACCCGAAAGUUUCCUUUAGUUACCAGCUACUUUACAUACCCAUUUAAAGAGCUAACCCUGGAAGAAGAGGAACGCAUGUUGCAUCAACCUGACAAAGCAAGUUAUUUUAUGGCCCACAACGGUUGGGUGAUGGGAGAUGACCCUUUAAGAAAUUUUGCUGAACCAGGUUCCCAUGUUUACUUGAGAAGAGAACUCAUUUGCUGGGGUGACAGUGUCAAGCUACGUUAUGGGAACAAACCCGAAGACUGCCCAUAUCUCUGGGCUCACAUGAAAAAAUACACCGAGUUGACUGCCAAAUAUUUCCACGGAGUGCGGCUUGACAACUGUCACUCAACGCCUCUCAACGUAGCUGAGGAGAUGCUGGCAGCAGCCAGGUCAGUCAGACCUAAUCUUUACGUGAUAGCAGAACUCUUCACGGGAAGUGAGGUCAUUGACAAUGUCUUUGUCAACCGCCUUGGGAUUACCAGUCUGAUUAGAGAGGCAAUGAGUGCUUAUAACAGUCAUGAAGAGGGGAGGUUAGUUUAUCGCUUUGGAGGAGAGCCAGUUGGGUCUUUCGUUCAGCCACGCCUGAGGCCCUUAAUGCCUGCUAUUGCACAUGCGUUGUUCAUGGACAUAACACAUGAUAAUGAAUGUCCAAUUCAGCAUCGGUCGGCAUAUGAUGCCCUUCCCAGCUCGACCAUCGUCUCCAUGGCCUGCUGUGCCUCAGGCAGCACUAGAGGAUAUGAUGAACUAGUACCACAUCAGAUUUCUGUAGUCACCGAAGAGCGAUUUUAUCCAAAGUGGAAUCCAGCAGCGACACUUUCCACACCUGGUGAAGUAAAUCUCAAAACUGGAAUUAUAGCAGGAAGGCUGGCUAUCAACAGAUUGCACCAAGAGCUAGGAGCCAGAGAUUUUAACCAGGUAUAUGUGGAUCAAGUUGAUGAGGAUAUUGUGGCUGUGACGAGGCAUUGUCCUAACACGCACCAGUCUGUUGUCGCUGUUUCCCGAACAGCUUUCAGAGAUCCCAAAACGUCCUCCUACAGCCAAGAAGUUCCCCAGAUGUGUAUUCCAGGCAAAAUUGAAGAGGUGGUUCUCGAGGCAAGGACCAUCGAGAGAAGCACUGCCCCUUAUAAAAAAGACGAGCACUUCAUCAAUGGAUUGCCCGAUUAUACAGUUGAACUCCGGGAACACAUCCAGCUCAAGGAAAGUAAAAUAAUAAAGCAAGCUUCAAUCGCUACAAAAGGCCCUAAUGAAUUCGUCCAAGAGAUAGAAUUCGAAAAGCUGACACCGGGAAGUGUGAUCAUAUUUAGAGUAAGCCUUGACCCGAAAGCACAAGAGGCUGUUGGAGUCCUGCGUAACCACCUGGUUCAGUUCAGCCCUCACUUUAAAUCUGGAAGUCUUCCCGACGAUUGUUCAGAGCAGAUACUCAAGACGCCCUUCUCGACUAUUGCAUCGAAAUUAACCUUGGCAGACCUGAAUCAUGUAUUAUAUCGGUGUGAUGCUGAGGAGCAAGAGGACGGUGGAGGGUGUUACAACAUACCAGACUGGACACCCCUUAAAUAUGCAGGUCUUCAAGGAAUAAUGUCCGUGAUGGGAGACAUACGACCAAAGAACGAUUUGGGCCAUCCUUUCUGUGGUAACUUGAGAGCUGGGGACUGGAUGAUUGAUUACGUGAGCGAUCGGCUAAUUGCCCGUUCUGGCGCCUGCUCAGAUGUUGGAAAGUGGCUGAAAGCAAUGUUUCUCUACCUGAAGAGGGUUCCUCGUUAUCUCAUUCCAUGCUACUUCGAUGCCAUAUUAGUUGGCGCAUACACGUCGCUGCUUGACUUGGUUUGGAAACAGAUGUCUAGCUUUGUUCAGUAUGGAUCGACAUUUGCUAAACAUCUUUCCUUGGGUUCAGUCCAGAUGUGUGGAAUAGGGAAGUAUCCGUCCUUGCCCCCUCUGUCUCCUGCCAUUCAGGAUGUUCCUUAUAGGCUGAACGACAUUACAAAAGAGAGAGAACAGAGCUGUGUUACUUUAGCAGCUGGCUUACCUCAUUUUUCAUCUGGCAUUUUCCGCUGCUGGGGAAGAGACACAUUCAUUGCAUUGCGAGGUCUGCUGUUAGUUACUGGACGUUACUUGGAAGCGAGGAACAUAAUUUUAGCGUUUGCCAGUACGCUGAGACAUGGACUCAUUCCCAACUUGCUUGGCCAGGGCACUCAUGCUAGAUUCAAUUGCCGUGAUGCUGUCUGGUGGUGGCUACAGUGCAUACAAGACUACUGUAACUUCGUUCGAAAUGGCACUGACAUUCUCAAGUGUCCUGUAUCCAGAAUGUAUCCUACAGAUGACUCCCCUCCUCUGCCACCGGGUCAAAAGGACCAGCCACUGUAUGAAGUGAUACAAGAAGCCAUGCAGAGACAUAUGCAAGGCAUACAGUUCCGCGAAAGGAAUGCUGGUCCCCAGAUAGAUCGGAAUAUGAGAGAUGAAGGUUUUAAUGUGACCGCGGGUGUGGACAUGGAAACUGGCUUUGUCUAUGGAGGGAACCGUUUUAAUUGUGGCACAUGGAUGGAUAAGAUGGGAGAGAGUGACAAAGCUCGCAACAAAGGAAUUCCAGCCACUCCGAGAGAUGGUUCUGCUGUGGAGAUAGUUGGCUUAUGCAAAUCAACAGUUCGCUGGUUACUGGAGUUGUCCAAGAAUAAUAUAUUUCCUUAUUCUGGAGUUACUGUCAGAAGACAUGGGAAAGAGGAAACCAUAACGUAUGAUCAGUGGAACAGAAAAAUCCUGGCACACUUUGAGAAGCUGUUCUUUGUCUCUGAGAAUCCAGCAGAUCCCAAUGAGAAACACCCAACUCUGGUUCACAAGAGAGGCAUAUACAAGGACAGCUAUGGAGCAUCAAGUCCUUGGUGUGAUUAUCAACUAAGGCCAAAUUUCCCUAUAGCAAUGGUUGUGGCACCUGAAUUGUUCUCUCCUGAGCGAGCGUGGAAAGCACUUGAAAUGGUAGAGGGAAAGCUACUAGGUCCACUUGGCAUGAAAACUUUGGACCCAGAUGAUAUGGUUUACUGUGGUGUCUACGACAAUGCCUUAGACAAUGAUAACUACAAUGUGGCAAGAGGAUUUAAUUAUCAUCAAGGACCUGAAUGGCUGUGGCCAAUUGGAUAUUUUCUCCGUGCCAAGUUGUACUUCUCCAAGUUAAUUGGUCCAGAGAUCUAUGCGAAGACUGUCUAUUUGGUUAAGAAUGCUCUUUCUCGCCAUUACGUCCAUCUUGAGAGAUCACCUUGGAAAGGUCUCCCAGAACUGACUAACGAAAAUGGUCAGUACUGCCCUUUCAGCUGUGAAACACAGGCCUGGUCCAUUGCUGUGAUCCUUGAGGUUCUCUAUGACUUGUAAACAUGUUUGCCUGCCUUGAUGAAACCACUAGCUUUGUCACGAAUGCCGUAACCAUGCAUAUCCUGCUUUUAGAAGUGGACUGUGCCUACGCUUGUAGGAGCGUUUGAUGCCCAUCCUUUGAGAAUCACACCAUGAUAUUAGUUUGAUCGUGGGGACUAGGAUCAAAGAACCAUCGCUUGAGCUUAUAGUCAGAUAUGUUUAGAUUAAAAGUAUAACACAUUCUACAGUAACAGGUUUCAAACUCGAUAUCUCUUUUCCUCAAGGUAACAAGCUAAUCAAAUGUUGAUGUGUUAUGUGCAUACAUACCUAUAACAUUCAACUGAAGCUGGUUUCAAGUAGUGAAUCGGUGCUGUGGAGAUAGCUUGCAGAGUCACCUUGAAGGGAGCUGGUUACCUCCUAUGACAUGCAUAGGCAAACUCGGCCCUCCAGAUGUUUUGGGACUACAAUUCCCAUCAUCCCUGACCACUGGUCCUGUUAGCUAAGGAUCAUG